GUGCUUCUCAUGCUCCACUCCCUGAGGCAACUGAGCCUUCCUGAGGAAUCUUCUGUCCCAUGCAAGAACCAAGUGGGUCUGGCUCUGAUCGGGUUACAGGAUUUAGAAGGGAUCAUAAACUACGUAAUCCAAAGGGGUUUAAGAGGGAGAGCUCUCAAAUAGGAAGUUUCCUGGCUCUGUCAAGUGACUGCACAGAAGCAAAGCGGCUUUGCCUGAAAGACUCUGUCUGUAAUACCACCUACCAGACCCUGGAAAACUGCUCGAGUGCCAAGACUCAUCCCAUCUCCCUGGACCAUGAUGCCAGGGCAAAGUGCCUGGAUGCUGAGCUGGCCAUCAGAAGCAGCCCUCUACUGCGCUGCAAGUGUCGCCGGCGCAUGAGGAGACAGGAGCACUGUCUGCGCAUCUACUGGACUGUUCACUCCAGCCUGAUGCAUGGGUAUAUGAAUAUGGAGACUUCUCCCUACAAGGAUCCAGCAAAUAAAGAACCCAAGGAGAUGGACUACAACAGGCUGGCAGCUUUGGUUUCAGACUCAAAUCUAGCAGGGGACAACACAAAUCACUGCCUGAAAGCAACUCACAUCUGCAGCAUGAAUAAGAAGUGUGUCCGAUGGCGUACCGCAUAUGCUUCCAUCUGCACCAGGGGGGCGGAGGCUGGGGAGACCUGUAACCGGCUCAUGUGCCACAAAGGGCUGCGGCAUUUCUUUGAGAAGGUCCAUGAGGAUUUCACCAAGAGGCUGCUGUUCUGCCCCUGUGAAAAUGAGGUCUGUGGGGAGCGACGCCGGAAAGCCAUUGUCCCAGAGUGCUCCUUUCAGGAGAGCAUCAAACCCAACUGCCUCUCUCUCUGGCAUGCCUGUGUCCAAGACAAUAUUUGCAAAUCCCGACUGGCUGAUUUCCAACACAAUUGCCAGCCUGCAGACGCGUCCCCAGAUGGCUGCCCUCAGCACACCCAUGCUGCAUGCCUGCAGGCUUACCUGGGGAUGAUUGGUACCCACAUGACACCAAACUACAUCAGUAACUCUAGCGUGGCGAUUUCGCUGUGGUGUACGUGUGAGAGCAGUGGCAACCAGAAGGAGGAGUGUGACCAGAUACUCGGCAUGUUCAUCAGCAACAAAUGCCUCAAAAACACAAUCCAGUCCCAGAUGCAUCUGAAUCGCACGACUCAGGAGGGGCAGGCAGAACUGUCUUACACACCUUCUCAAAGCAUCCACGGGAGAAGCACUAGCACUUCACUUGCUUCAGGAAUGAUCCAGGAGAUGAAGGUGAAGACCAAUGAAGACAUCUCUGAACACAGCAGCUUGCCCAGGGCCUCCUCUGUGUAUUCUGGAGCCGGGCUUUCCUGGCCCUGCCCAGUUUUGCUGCUGCUGCCGCUGCUGCUCAGCCCACGCUAGCCUGACAAACUGUGACUGCCCCACCCUGCGAUUAUUCUCACUCUGCACCCUGACAUCUUCAUACUCGCUCACCCUGGGGGGCUGAGGAUCUCCAGAGAGGAGGGAUGCAGUCUCAGCCCACAACAGGAUGCACUGCAAGCCCCCCGCUCGCCCUUACAUCCUGCUCCAGGACUGAUCCUCCUGCAGCUAGAGCUGCAGGGGCCUGCUCUCCAGCACCAUCACCAUCACCUCUCCUCGCCAUUAGCACUGCCAGGAAACGCAGCCAGUCAGGAGACACGGGGGCACUUCGCAAAACUUCUGGAUGUUGCUAGAACAUGCAGCGUGUUUGUUUUCUGACUGAAGAGGAAGGAGAGGCGCCUGCAGGAACCUGUCACACUUGCUUUGGCAACAGCACCUCUCCUUUAAAGCAGAAAGCAGCAAGUGGGUCCCCCAAGGACAAAGAUCCCUCACUCCUGGGCUCCUGAGAAUACAGCACAGCAAACCCACACACACGUCUUCUGUAAAUACUGGCUCUGGGCUGCUUCCAGGCUCAUUUGAGCACUCUUCAAACCUAUUCUGUUAAACAUAUAGCAGCAUGUCCCAGAGCGAGAGCAAGGGAGCUGGAUUCCAGCUUCUGCUCUGACCCCCGUUCAGCCACACCUCCUUUCCACUGCUACUGCUAGACAGAGAUUUAGCCUCCUGUGGUCAGGUUAUACAUCUGUUCUUUGUCCCAGUGUAUUAAGCUUUGUCCUGCAUCCCACCACCCCGCCUGGCCAGGCCAUGCUUCCCUGUGAAUGCUAGGAAGGAAGCAUCCAGGCUUGCUGAGUUUUUGCUGAUCUGCCGUGCAAAGACCUCAGGCGGCUGGAAUGACCUGGUGUCCCUUCACAUGCCCAAUCUCCCCUGCAGUGACUCCCUUCUCUUUGCCAGGCUCCAUUUCAUGAACUAUUUAUUCUGGAUGUAAACAUGUGCACUAUGUAACUACUCUUCUGUUGUGCUGCAGUGGCCUGUUAAAAUGUGAUGUUAAAGUGAA